AAAUACUAUGAGCUCUGCCUCCUUCCCUGUCGCCGCAGUGAUGAAAGCAGAGGAGAAAAUUAAGUCCAAACCGCAGAUGGGCCAUAAAAACGUUAGUUAGAGCUGGGAAUUAUUCUUCUUGACGCAGUCAACCUGGUGGCUUCGUUGUGCCCCGGGUUGAUUUUUUUUUUUUUUUUUUUUUUUCUGAGAUCGGACGUUAUCGGUGUGAGAGGACGACCUGACUGAGCUCACGGAGGCAGAAGUCGGUCAUUCGGUGGGUCGGCCCACUGCAGUCUGAAUCACCGGAGACUCGCCCCAUCGCUGGUUCACCGUCGACGACGUCUGUCCAUCGAAGUGCGCAUCUUCAUCUUCAGGGACGAGACCCGAGCCCGUGUUUGACCGCUGCCGCAGCCCGAAGUGCGCUGCCGGGCAGAGCAUGCUAAAUAAUGAGCCAGCGGGACACACUGGUUCAUUUGUUCGCUGGAGGAUGUGGAGGUACAGUGGGCGCUAUUUUGACUUGUCCUCUAGAAGUGGUGAAGACCAGACUACAGUCCUCCUCCAUCAAUCUAUACGUCCUCCGUCCUCAUGAAGUCCAGCUCAGUACUGUAAAUGGAGCCAGUGUGGCCCGUGUUGCCCCACCAGGGCCUUUGCACUGUCUAAAGUUGAUUCUUGAGAGAGAGGGGCCCCGUUCCCUCUUCAGAGGAUUAGGACCUAACCUUGUAGGUGUGGCACCUUCCAGAGCAAUCUACUUUGCGGCAUAUUCCACAGCCAAAGAGAAGCUGAAUGGCGUGCUGGAGCCAGACUCUACCCAGGUGCACAUGGUGUCAGCUGGGAUGGCAGGGUUCACAGCCAUCACAGCCACCAACCCCAUCUGGCUGAUCAAGACCCGUCUACAACUGGACGCCAGAAACCGGGGAGAGCGCCGCAUGAAUGCAUUUGAGUGCGUGCGGCGGGUGUACCAGAUGGAUGGCCUGCGAGGCUUCUACAGAGGCAUGUCUGCCUCGUAUGCUGGUAUCUCUGAGACUGUUAUCCAUUUUGUCAUCUAUGAGAGCAUCAAACGUAAACUACUGGAGUCCAAGGCCCACGCCAGCAUGGACGAAGAGGAAGAGGCUGUGAAAGACGCCUCGGACUUUGUGGGCAUGAUGCUCGCAGCAGCCACCUCCAAGACCUGUGCCACCUCCAUCGCUUACCCUCAUGAGGUGAUCCGCACACGACUACGAGAGGAAGGCAGCAAGUAUCGGUCAUUCUUUCAAACUCUGGUGACAGUACCCAGGGAGGAGGGAUACCGGGCGCUGUACCGCGGCCUAACCACCCACCUGGUCAGACAGAUCCCCAACACGGCCAUUAUGAUGUGCACCUAUGAAGUGGUGGUCUACCUGCUUGGCCGUUAGUCCACUAGGUGCUUCUCCUCCUUUUGAAGAGGGAGGUAGAUGCAUUGAGUGAGUGACUGAGAAAGAUGCCCUUUGCUGAGGAACAGAGUGGAUGAAAUAUCAAAAUGAAGACCAAAGGAGUAUACCCAAGUGGACCAGAAAAGGACAAGUGAUAACAGAUAAAGGAAAAAUGAAGGAGGAUACGCCUUUGUUAUCACAUCAACAUCACAACCUCCGGUUCCUUUGUCAGACUGCUGGAUCAAAAGGAGGAUGGUACAGUUAGCAGAAGAUGAUUGGAUAACGUGGAUAGGAAGAGAAAGGAGGCCCUGACAGGAAAGACCCAGUUAAAGCAUGUCAAAUGGAAAGUACCUCUACUGGAAAAGAUUUAAAGCACAAUUCAGUGGCCUUAACCAAAAAAAGCUUGCAUCCUCUGUGAAGUGAAGAGUAAUAUAGACCCUUUUCACUUUCAUAACACAUGAUCCUGUGAAUGCAGAAUGCUUAGAGACCAGCGAAUUUGAGAAGGAAAGAUAAGAACUAAAUGUUCGUUAUUUUCAACCCUCCAAGAAUUUCUACUUGGCACUAUUUGUCCAGUCUGACAUUAUUGUAACAGUAGCUCUGUCUGUAGCCAGUCUGCACUCGCUUUUUAGCUGUGAGAGAUUAAAUGGCAGUUUACAGAAAGAGAUUUAGGAAUGUACAUUUAAGGCUGUACGCUGGAAAGAAUAUGUUCUUUGACACAAGACAUUGGUCUGUUGCAGUCAUCUACAGUACACCACCUUUGUGCACUACACACAGUGUGGCAUCAAGCAUUCUCCUCUGAACAAUGUAGCCAGCUCCUCAGAGUGUGUUCAUUCACAGCAGUCACUUCUCUGGCCAAAACCAAACCCUAAUGGUCUGUUACUAAACAAAACCUGCAGACACUAAAAGCUAGUAUUCAUUUCAUGUUUUCCCUGUGGUGACGAGUGCUGGCUGAAGUUGGACUUGCUGACAUUUUGUUGUUGUUUCAGCUUUUUCCUGCACUCAGUCACCACAAGAGAUUUUGAACACUUCUGUAAAAACACCCAAGACCAAUGUGUCAUUUUGACAUAUGAAGUAUUUGACUGUCAAAAAGGUACAAGACUAGUAACUGCUGUCAUAGUGCCACUACUUGAAAUUAAUGUGAAGGUGGGGAGAAAUGUCGGAGUGGGACGUUAUUGCUUAGGAAAUUCACACAGUAAUCAGAGUGUGUGUGUGUAUGCUUGUACACUUAUCUUUGUGAUAACAAACUAGUCUCGCAUAUAAUGUGAGAUGUUAGAUGGCUGUUUGAGGGUUAGGAACUGGUUUUAGAGUUAUAGUACAGUGAUAAAUGUCCUCAACAAAGAUAGAUGUACAAAUAUGUGUUUGUCUGAUCAUCACAAUGUUGAAGAGUGUGUGUGUGUGUGUGUGUCUUUGUGCAUCUGCAUCGAUGUGUGCCUGCAUGUAUAAUAAAUUACUACUCCAGAUUUCCCUCCACUAACUAUUAAUCUUGCAAGACACUGCAGUUAUGAGUGUGGAAAAGCUACUGUACAAUAAUGGCAGCUUUCAUUCCCACUCUGCCAGUCCUUCCUUCCAGUGGCUUCCAACUGACGUGAUAACAUGCACUUUUGUGGCCUUUUAGGGCUUGUGCUUUGCAUUUUAUUGUGUGGACAGUUUGAACUUGUACAUUGUAAAAGGAAAAAGUAUUAUUGUAUAUCAAAAUGGUAUUUUGCGCAACUGUUCUUAUAACAGAUAAACUGUACAGUGUAGAGUUCUGUAGUUGUGAAUUACGUCCAAAUGUGUGUAUAUAAAAUAGAUGCUGUAUAUGCAUAUCACUUUUUUUUUCCUUGGAUGAUCAUCAUGUAGGAGGCAUUUGCAAAUUAUUUUCAUUUAUGUGCAAUUUAAUUUUGUUUUAACAUUGACUGUUGACAUUGCUUGACUGAUUUUUGUUACACUUUUUUUUUUUUUUUUUUGCGGUAAGCUGCCAUGCAGACACGUGCGAUACAAGUAUGUGGAAACUAACAAAUGCUCUAAGACAAAUACUUACAUGUAAGCAUUUGUGCAGACACAUGGGUUAGGAAUUUUUAAACAUACAUAAAAAGUGUUCCAGUUUGCAAUUUUGGGUAUUUCUGUUUGUGAUGUUUACAAUGUUCUUUGCUUUCUGUGGAUUUCUUUUUUUUUUUUUCUAGCAUAAAUAAUUGAAUGCAUGGAAGUGUGUAAGUAUGAGGGUUGAAGAACUGGAAUCCUUUCUUGAAUGCUGCACAGAGUUAAAAAACAUAUUGGAAAUACAUAAUUUACAAAGCUAAUGUGUCAUGAAGAGGGUUAGAGACAAUAUUCUAUCAGUCAUUUUAAAGAAUCGUAUUUGAAGAACAUGAGGAAAAAACUGAAUUUAAGCACCAUAUCAGACUUUCCUUCAGAUUAUUUAUCAAAAUGUUCUGAAUUCUCUCUACUCCCUCCAUUUUCAAAGCCCUUUUUCCACACCUAUCUCACCUGACAGCUGUGGACUCAGAGCGGUUUCAUAUGAAAAUGAAUUCAUCCUCACACUUUCCAUGUUGAAAAGGUUUUGUUUAUUUCACCAGGUACAAGAAACUGUGGUUCAUUCACCCUUGUUGUUGUUCUUGAAUGUUCUCAUUGCCCCCCCCCCAUUCCCAACUCAUUUCAGAGGCAAACAGUUCUGUGUUGUAACCAGUAAUAGUUAUUGAUUUUCAGUCUCCACUGACUAGUGUCCGUGCAGAAAAUUAGCUGACUCAAGUUUCCAUGUAAAACACUAAUAACUCACAUCUUCAUCUCUGUUGCGUUAAUACUUGAGGUCAAAACACCAAAAUGUGAACAGAAAACUGAACAAGCAAUGCAAGCAUUUCAGUUUUUCUUUACCUCUCAUUUUUCAGUGUCUGUAUGCAAUUUACUAUUUGCGUCCUGUAUGCUUGAACAGGAUUCGACCUCAAGCACAGUGAAAUGAAACCUCCAACAUUAGCUUUGGCUGGCUCAAUUGUCAAUGUAUUUUUUGUUUUGUUCUUUUUUUUUUAAAUACACAAAGUGAAAAAUAAAUAAAAAUACAUUUUCAACUAAAA